GCAGGUUCGAAUCCUGCCGACAACGAAGCUGUUUUUUUCUUUUCAGAACCUUACGCCAACCAGCAAACCGGAAGCGUUAGGUCAGCUUCCAGAGCACGUUGAUUUUUUAGAAUUCGACCACUUAUAUGGUUCAUUUCUGAGCGGACUGCAAAGAAAUUAUCGUUUCUAUGGUAACAAACGUAGCGUUCUCCACCGGCUAAUCAUGGCGGAUGAUUUGGAUGAUUUACUUGAUGAAGUCGAAUCAAAGUUUUGUUGUAGCACGUCUGCGUCCAAACAAUCAACUUACGCUUUAAAACAAACGGACCAAAAAUGUGCGAAUCCUGAGGACAAGAAACAGUCAAGAAAACAACAAUGCAAGAAAGUUCAGCAUGACAAUGAUGAUAUUGACGUUAUGCUGCAGGAAAUACUGGAUGAGGAUUAUCAACCCAUCAGCACUCAUGAACCCACUGCAGACAAGACUUUCACAAUUGAUUCAUGUUCUCAGACAAUGUCCAAGAAAUGCUGUCCUGUGUUUCUUGGUGGAAGCUCUGUACCUCACGGUGUUGGAACCAGCGUUUCUCAAAGGGCCUGCAACCAUUUAAGAUGUACGUCUUGCGAUUUCAGCGUAAUCAUGUUUGAGGAUCACGAGUGGGACUCCUCCUGUGACUACUUAUUUUUCAGGAAUAACAUGCCGGACUAUCACAAACUAAAAGCCAAACUAAGAAGGAAAAGGGGUGGGCGUGCGUACGCCUGUCAAUGUAGCUGGCACUCGACCCUCACGCUCUCAGACCUGAGGGAACAACAGCAGCUAAAGUGGGUUUGCGGCAAACACAAAGAAUGAACACAAGUCUGCGACAG